AUGCUUUUGUUAUACUUAGAAUUCUGGCAACGACUGUCCGAGCGGGAAAGGAGAUACCCUGGUCCUUCGGAUGGUAUCAAGGUACAACUCCCCCACGGCGAAAUCGCUCUUGCCCAUGUCAUGGAGUUCGUCACCGGUCGGACUGCCGCGACGACGUCUGUCCGUACCGGGCCUCGAGACGAGGUCUCGCAAAUAAUGGACGGAUGGUUGUCGUGCCUAUACAAAACCACAAAACGUGGCGUCGUAGUGCGCGACAUCAGCGCCCGCAACAUCCUCGCCCGCCGGGGCACCCCGCAGCCCGUCUUGUUCACCGAAUUUGUGUUUGGGCGGAACUCCGGUGCUAGGUCUGCCGCAUCGAACAUCUCCAAUUCUAUGUCAUCUACCAUCCUUUUACUUCGCCUGUUGGCGAUCCCGAUGGCGGACGUCAAUGCAUGGCUGGAGGACCGCGCGUGCAAAGGCGCUCCGUUCGUGCAAUUGUUCGCGUUCUAUUCUACUCAAUUUCCGCAGUGGUUUCAAGCUUUAUCGGAGGUGCCCGAGGAAAUUGUACGAUAUAAUCCGGACGAUAUGGAUCUCGACGUAGACUCUGGAGGCUCCCAAACGUAUUCAGAUCUUGUGCAAUGUUGUUCUCGACUGUCUUUGUAA